CUAAAUAUUUUAUUUGUUCUUAAAUAUAUUUCAUUUUUUCCUGUUUUCGUUGUAAUUUCUUUAACUUUGAAUAUGUCGGCAGCAACAAUACCAAUAAAGUUUAGCGUCGGAGAGAUGUCGUUCCGGUAUCAUGAGAUGGAGCUACACUACAAACUGUUAAUGCCCCUCAAUGCAGACUACGAUCCCACCUGGUGCCGGGACACGUUCUUGAAGCAACUGUUUGCCGAAACGUAUGCAGGAUCGGACUUUGUGAGCUCUGAGUCGUCGUCCUCUUCAUCAGUCCCGUGGGAGUUGUUCACUGUGCAGCCAGAUGAACAGGUGUCUGUGGACAGCCAUCUGGAAAGCAAUCCACAAUCAAGCAGCUCCCACCGAUUGAUGACUGAAAUCUCUGAUAUGAGAAUGACUCUCGAUGCUUUCAGUAUGGGUGUGCCUUCGGGUCGCAUGGACAUGAGAAAUGACGAUCUGUUGAAGCGCUCGUCGUUGUUCUUCAUGGUUGCGCGUGUGAUGAACAAGCUGCGGAUCAUGCAGACAAUCUCCUCAGACAGGGCCGGCAUGAAGUUGAGCCAACUGCCACACAAGCUAUUCACAUGGUCCUUGGAUGGGCUAUUCAAGCGCUGCGCACUGCCCAGUACCUUAUAUCUGGACGUGCUGGUGCGUAAUUACGAUGAAAAUGUCCUGGACUGGGCCAAGUUCAGCACAGAUUUGCUGGAAAUUCUGCGCUACUAUAAGUACUUCUUGACGGUCACAUACAACAACAAGGGAAAUCAAAACAGAAUGAGGGCCAUAUUGUGGGACCAACAGCAGCUGCUCAAUAUUGUGGAGCAGCUGGACAGCAGUCUAAAUGUCACAAUGAGCACAUUGCAGAAAAUCGAAGACGAAUCGCAACAAAUCACCAAACAAGUCACAAACGAAUUAACACGAAAUUCACUCGACAGCUGCAUAAGACGCACUGCGGAUGAGAGAGUGCUUAAGCCAAUCGAAUGCCGUUAUGCGCGCGCAUACUAUAAAACCCUGGCUGAGAUGCAGGCCAUGAAGGACGAAGUGCCUAUCGUCCAGCUGGAGAAGGAAAUUCAGGAUCUCAAUACUGCUAUAUCGAGCGAUUCCAGUGCCACGUAUGUUGCCAUCGUGGUCAACAGAUCUAUCAUAGAGAAGUAUGGUCAACGGCAAGUUGAAAUAAAUGAAAAACUUUUGGUCGAUCUGGAAUAUUGGAACAAUCAGAUAUACGUGAAAAAUGCUCGUUUGACAAGGCUACGCGAUGACUAUAAGGAGGUGCAGGCAAAUAUUGAUUUCAUGCGCCAGAAAAUUGAUGAGGUGGAGCUUCAGAUCGCCACCGAAAAUCAGUCCAUGCGUAAUUCUUUGACAGGGGCAAUCAAAGACAGUGGAUCAAAGCAAAAUGGAAGCAAAUUGUCUGUGUUGAAAAGCAAUCUGAAAUCGACAUCGACCGUUAAGAAAAGAUUUGGCUUUAGUCCGAAACCUAGGGGAUCCAUAUCAAGGGCAUCUAAAACGAAGCUAACUUAAGCCCAAGUAGUAAUUGAAAGUCUAGUCUGCUGAAAUUCUGUGAAGCCCAUCGACAAUCUUACAAUCAGCUCGUUCGGAAGCUUCUUUGAAAACUGUUCAUAAUCAAAUUUAACAGAACAAUUUGAUUAUAAACAUUUUUCAGAGCAGAUUCGAGUGUGUACUGAAUAAUGGAGAUUCAAGAACAUAGUGUACAUAGCUGUUGUACAGAAUAAAGCCUACAAGGACAGAAAUCGAAGUUAAACGCUUUUCUGUAAGCAGC